UUGAAUUAUGCAUCACAAUGGACAAAGAAUAUCUUUUUCAGGUCAUUUCAUCCCAAUAUUGCAGCCUCUCCUAGCAAUACUGAUGUAACAAAGUCGUCGUUCCAGUUUGAUAACUCUACCAAUUAUUACACAGUGAAUACAGAUGUGAUCGUUCACGGAGAACUCUUGGGGAAAACAGGAUUACGACUUCGUUUGGUACGUGCGGAGGACUGGAAUGAGAUCGAUGAUUCGUGGAAGGUAGGAGUUUUCGUUGCACUUUGCGAAGGGGCACGUUUCAAGGUACCUGAACCUAUGGAGGAUAGUUCGAACAACAUCUUGGAUGUUUGGGUGAAGAGAAGUUUGCAAUCUGAGAAGCUUACCCAUAUCUUUGUGGCUUCUGUGGUGAUUCUGAUCACGUUUGCAAACAUACUCAUGGGAUGUGAGGUGGGGGUCUCUGAUAGAGGACGUAGUCUGGAUAUGGAUACAGUGUUCGCUACCAUCAAACGACCAGUAGCUCCUGCAAUUGGAUUUUUUGCCCAGUUCCUAAUAAUGCCCUUGCUUUCUUAUGCCAUCGCCAAGUCCGUGUUUGUGUCUCGUGGCCUGUUCUCCAUGGCACUCGGUCUUUUCAUCACUGGUUGUUCUCCUGGUGGAGGAGCUUCCAAUUUUUGGACCCUACUUUUGGAUGGAAAUGUGAAUCUCUCAGUGACAAUGACAUUUAUAUCUACACUUGCCUCGUUAGGUGCGAUCUUUGAGCUGAUGAUGCCAUUUUGGAUCUCUGUUUUUGGCCAGGAAUUCUUGCAGGGAUUCUCUUCAGAAUCAAAGAUUCAUGUGCCAUAUGGUGAAUCACCUCACUCUUUAUAAUU